CCGAUUGAUGUUUUCGUUCGGCAUUCCUGUCUGCCACCGUCCUUGUCCAACUACUAAAUAUAGCGCGUACGCGGAUCCGUGCUCGCCGCCGUAUCUCGUCCGUACAAUGCACGCGCAUUAUCGUUUCAUCUCCGUCUGAUCACCCCCGUCCACCACCGCCGCCGCCGCCGCCGUGUUUCGUGUGUAUUAUUGUUUUGGUUUUUUUUUCUAAAACAUUUUUUUUUCCACAUUAUUAUUAUAACUAUUAUUAUUAUUAUUUUUAUUAUUAUCAUUAUAUUUUUAUUAUUAUUAUUAUGUCGCCUCCCACCAUACCGCUCGUCCAUCACCGCAGCAACUGAAGACGACGACGACGACGGCGUUUUACGUUUUUCGCGAUUUACGAAAUCCUCGCUAUCAACGUUUUCGGACGCACAGAAUCCGGCCGCUGCCGCCGCCGCCGCCGCUGUCGUGUUAUUAUUAUUACUAAUAUCGUCUUCUUCGCGGUCGUCGAACAACACACGUCCGGCACGGCCAUUGUGGCUGUCGAGUACGCACACCGUUCGCCUUUUUAAAUACAUUUUUAUUUCAUUUUUUUCUCCCUUUUUUUUUUCGACUCGUCGUCGAGUAUAUCCGUGCGUGCAUGUGUGCGACAGUAUACGCGAGUGUGUGUGCGUGUUCGUGCGCGCGCGUCGUCUUGCACACACAUAAUAUAUAUACAUACGAUUUAUAAUACAUAUGUGUAUAAAUAAUAAUAGUUUAUAUACAUAGAGAGAGAUACGUGUAUGUGUACGGUGUGUAUUUUGUAUUAUAUUUAUAAUAAUUCACGUAUCGUACGUUUAAACGCUUUAUAUACAACGUCGAGUACGUUCGAAACGUAAACGGAAAUUAUUGCCGGCCGAUGGCAGCGUAGGCAGAACAGCUAGCUGCAUACUCCGAUCCUCGGCCACUACAGUAGAAGGAAGAAUCGAGUCGUCCGUCACAAUUUCCGUGAGUUGUGUAAAAGUAAAAAUACGAUCGCUCGAACGGGAGGUUUUUUUUUUCCACCUACGUUUCCGUACUUGUCUGUGGCGUAGGUUUUUAGACAGCAAUCAUCACUGUGAUGCAUUCGAUACUUUGAGUUCGAUCUAUUAGCAAUGAGCCACAACAUGGGUGGCAUGGCCCCUUACGUCACGUUACCGAGAGGCCGUAAUCAAAUGGCGUAUUACAAUCAAUGUCAAGAUAUGCCACCUCAUAUGCAGAGAGGCCACUGUUAUCCAGAUGAUUUUAAUAAAAUGGGUGGACCCUGCUCGAUGUUGCCUAUGGGCAAUGAGUUUAAAUCACCAAUGAUGACUCCAGAUCCACCUCCACCACCUCCAGCCAAGAAGAAACGACGUACUUCUAAUGCUGCUACUGUGACGAAUCAUGCACCUCAACCACCACCACCAUCACCUCAAGAUUUACUUCCACCCCCUUUAACUGGUUAUGGAGAUACUAUAGUUGCUUCAAACCCUUUUGAUGACACUCCCCCACCACAAGUGAUGAACACAAAUCAUAUGAACAGACAAAUGAUGAAUUCUCGACCCAUGAUGUCUGGUAGCCCUUGCCACCAAAUGGGUGGCUCACCUAUGAAUUGUGGUCCACCUAUGGGUAGCCCAAUGGGUGGACCCUGUGGUAGUAGUCCACAUAGAAAUCCAAUGGUAUGCGGACCCCCUAUGAUGAGUUGUGGUGCACCAGGCAAUAGUCCACAUGCCUUAUCUAUGAAUCGAAGUCCUUCUGCUAUGGGUAGUCCACAUAUGGUGCCAAAUAUGCGUGGCAAUAGCCCUAUGGAAUGUGCUGCCAUGGUAAAACCGUCUUUGAAUUGUGCUUCGCCUAUGGGUAGUCCCAUACCUCAAAAUACCAAUAUGAACAUUCAUCCACCAAUGUCUAGUCCCAUGACAAUGGGUCCUUCACCACUUAAUGGUCAUCCUAACUCAGGUCCUGGUGGCAGUCCCAUGAUGAUGGGUCGAGGAGGCCCUUCACCUUUAACAAAUAGUCCAAUGUCGAUGAAUAUGCCUGUAAGUUCAGCAGACAUGAAUGAUAUGAGUCCACACAUGUCAGUAGACAAUAAUGGAUGUCCAGUACGUGGUCCUCCAUGUCCAGGAUCCAACAACAUGACAUCUGUUUCCAUGGCUUGUAGGCAACCAAUGUCAAAUCAGCAGUGCAAUAGUAUGCCUGGACCUAGUAAUAUGAUGAACUGUCCAAGAGGUAUGCCCUGUCCCCAAAUGAUGCGGGGUCCACCUCAACCUUCUGAACAACAUAGACUUAUGUCCCCUAUGAUGCAUCAUUCUCAAAUACCCAAUAGUCAACAACCAGGUGGAUAUGGACCUGGACCUAAUUCUAAACCAAUGCCAGUGUCGGCUGGAAAGAUAUACCCUCAUGAUCAACCAAUGGUGUUCAAUCCACAAAAUCCAAAUGCCCCACCAAUUUAUCCCUGUGGUAACUGUCAUAAAGAAGUGCAUGACAAUGAUCAAGCUGUUUUAUGUGAAUCUGGUUGUAAUUUUUGGUUUCAUAGGGUUUGUACAGGCUUGAUGGAACCUGCUUUCCAGUUACUUACAGCCGAAGUAUACGCUGAGUGGGUGUGUGACAAAUGUCUACAAACAAAAAAUAUACCUUUGGUAAAAUACAAACCCUAACGAAUACAUUUAACAUCUCCCAACCCUAAAUGACUUUAGCUUUCACGCACUGAAUGUUACAAUAUUUACAGUGCUUCAAACCUUCAAUGGAUUAAGUACUUAAUCUCAGUUACGAGCAUUAACACAAUUUCAAAUACUUAUUAUUUAUGUAUGGAAUAUAAUUUAUAUGAAAUCAAAAAUAAUUAUUUUUGAGUUAUUGUCAGUCUUAUAAUUUUUGUUUUAUAUUUAUGUGUAUAUUAUAUUUAUAUAUGUGUGCAUAUAUAUAUAUAUUAUAUAUAUUUUUUUAUUGAGUUACGACUGAGGUUCAAAAUGAUAUGUGUAGCGUAUAAAAAUUCCUCCUUUGUACUCAUCAGUAUUUCAACUACUUGCAUACAUUGAGCGUUUUGCCAUUUGAUUUUUAUUUGGCAUUUAAAAAAUCUAAAGUUCCUUCGAAUAUACAACAAAUUGGGCCUUUUCCUUUUCAAUCUACUAAUGCAUUGUCUUAUUGCCACUUUUUUCUUCUUUAUUAUUUUACUUUUAUUACUUUUUUCACAACUGAAUUGUUUUUAUAUUAUGCAGGAUGCUCUUAAUAAUGUCAUGAUUUAUUAUAUUUUUUGUGUAUAUCAGUUAUCAUUGGUUAUAAAUACUUGUGUUUGUAAUCAAUGAUGUAAUAAAGAAACAUUUUUUUUUUUAGAAAAUAAUUUAACACAAUCAAUAUGUUUGUAUAUAGUUAGUUCAAUUAAAAAAUAUAUUAAAACCGAAAAACUUAUGAACUUGAGAUUGUAAGUUUCUAAGUGUUACUUGUAACUAAAUAAAGUAAAAUUAAAAAUUUGUAAUAAU